CUCUUUCCUCCGUAAUUUGUACAAAACUUUUACACUUUUUUUUAAUUUCUCAGUCCUGUGUUUUUGUAUUUUUUUUAUUGCCUCUUUGCCCUAAGCAGACCUUGAGCACGCCCCUCCUUUCAUUCUAUACUCCAACACACAAUGGGCGGGUGCAUGUCACAGCCAUAUGACGAGGAGGCCCUGCGGAGCGCAGAGAUAGACCGGCAGCUGGAGGAGGAGCGGGACCGGCGUAGCCAGGAAGUGAAGAUUCUGCUGCUGGGCAGCGGCGAAUCGGGCAAAUCGACAAUUGUCAAACAGAUGAAAAUCAUUCACCAGAACGGGUACACGCGCGAGGAGCUGGCGCUGUUCCGCAUGACCAUAUACAAGAACGUGCUGGACAGCGCACAGGAGCUGGUGGUAGGCAUGCAAAAGUGCCAGCUGUUCCCGCAGGACGCGCACAACAUGGACUUUGUCAACACAAUACUCGGCCUGAACAUUGAAAAGACGCUGGCGAUAAACAUCACGCCCGAGUUUGUCGAGGGGAUCGAGGCCCUGUGGCGCGACCCGGUGAUCGAAAAGCUGAUAGUGCGCACCAGCGACUUCUACCUGAUGGACUCGGCGCCGUAUUUCUUCAACAACAUCCGGCGGAUCGGCGACCCAAAGUACCUGCCGACCGAGGCCGAUGUGCUGCGCGCCCGUUCAAAGACCACAGGCAUCAUUGAGACGCGCUUCAUGAUGCACCACACGUGCAUACACAUGUUUGAUGUCGGCGGCCAGCGGUCGGAGCGCAAAAAAUGGAUCCACUGCUUUGAGUCGGUCACCUCCAUCAUCUUCUGCGUGGCAUUGAGCGAGUACGACCAGGUGCUGCUGGAGGAGGCCACACACAACCGCAUGGACGAGAGCCUCGUCCUGUUCGACUCGGUCAUCAACAGCCGGUGGUUUCUGCGCACCUCCAUCAUCCUGUUUCUCAACAAGAUCGACCUGUUCCGGAAGAAGAUUAAAAUUGUGCCUCUCAGCCGCUACUACCCAGAGUACACGGGCGGACCCGACGAGAAGCUGGCGACGAGGUUUGUGCUGUGGAAGUUCACGCAGGCGAAUCGCGCCAACCUGCAGCUCUACCCGCACGUCACCCAGGCCACAGACACGUCCAAUAUCCGCUUGGUGUUUGCGGCCGUCAAGGAGACCCUGCUGCAGAACGCUCUGCAGGACAGCGGCAUUUUGUAAGCGCGUUUUUGUCAUCCAAACAUCACAGAUAUCUUAAUCAGCUCUCUUUACUUUUUUACUCCCAUUUAUACGCACCACAUUCAACACCCACCAGCAGCCGGCAAUAUGCCACCAGCCGGGCGCAAUAUAGCCCAGGCCUAUCGCGCACAUGGUCAUAUAUAAUGUCUUGUUUUUUGUAAACGUGAGUCGCUACUACCGGCGUGCUUCUUACUUUUUCCGUCCACCAU